ACAGAAUGGCCCAGAAACUGGUCGUCGUAGCCGGAGCAACUGGCACCCAAGGGGGUGCAGCUAUAGACGCGCUCCUCGCCCAUGGCGGGUACAUCGUACGCGGCCUGACGCGUAACACGAGCUCCGCGGCGGCGAAAGCAUUGACCGACCGUGGUGUGGAGAUGGUACAAGCAUCACCGAUGGACAAGCAGAGCCUUAUCGAGGCGUUCAAGGGGGCAUAUGCGGUCUUCGGUGUUGCGGUGUCCUUUACUAAGGACGACGAAGCCCAGAUGGGUCGGAACCUGGUGGACGCUUGCGUGGCAGACCACGUACCGCUAUUCGUCUGGUCUUCCCUGCCUAGUGCCGAAAAGGUUUCGCGUGGGAAGUAUCAUGUCCGCGCUAUGGACGAGAAGGCAGAAGUCGACGAGUAUAUCAAGACCGUGGGUCAACCGACCGUGAUUCUCUGGCCUGGUGUGUUCACUGAGAACCUGUUGAAUCAUAUGGACAAGUGCCAACUACAGCCUGUUUCCGAGGAUGGGAAAAAAUGGGAAAUUCGCUACCCUGUCGUGCCUGCUCACGUCGCCCAACCGACGACAUAUGUUACAAAGGACAGCGGCGCGGUACUUGCAGCCAUUAUCGACCACUGGGAAAAUGAGAAGUGGAGAGAGCGACUUACGAAGGAGCCGAUCUUGCAGUGUUCGUAUGUCAUAAGUGGAGAAGACAUGUGUCGGACUAUCGAAAAAGUGACGGGGAAGGAGGUCACAUGGGCCCCGUAUGACAACUUGCCACCCCCGGUGAAGGCGCUCUAUUCCCUUGCCGCAGAAUUCCAAUACGAUGUCUCAGUCCCGACGCCGCUCCUGCUAGAGCUCGGCGUGAAAUUCCACACAUUUGAGGAUUAUGUUCGCGACAAGGUGGCUCCGCAUAUAGAAGAGGUAUUGAGCAAAGUCAAAGCAGUGUAAUGAUAGUUCGAUCAGGUGAGGAUUGUGUUGUGGCAUACAUGUACUACCUUAUCGUGUAAAUGUGAUCCGUGCAACUUUCA